GAACUCAAUCGUUCCCUUCAAUUGUUGCACUUUGAUUCUUGAAUUGCCCCAAUCGAUUCUCCUUCCCUCAAUUAGUUUUAAUCGAAUGGUGCUCUUCCCCUUUAAUGCCACCGCUAAAGCUUCCUCCACCUUCUGUCUAUACAAAACGACCUUUUUCCUGUCGUUGUAUCGUAAUUUUCUCCGGUGAAUACGCAUUUUAUAGUGACAAAGAGGGAAAUCCGGUGUUCCCUCUGAUGCUUCCGAUUGCAUAUUCAGAGAAGAGAGGGAAGGAGAACCAGAGAACACAGAGAGAGAAGGAGAUGCGUGAGCGGGCAUUAACAGGGGUUAAAGCGAUGCCAGUUCAGUCAUCUAGGGUUCCGACAGAGGGGUUCAACAGAUGAGCUGUAAUCCGGGUUUUAUAUUUCAAGUUAUUAUUUGUAGUUGAAAGAUGGAAAGGGAUUUCAUAGGUUUGAAUUCAAAAGAUUCAAAUUUCAUGGUCAAAGAUGAAGCUGAUGAAGUAUGCAAAGAAUCAGGUUUUUUUCUUAUAUUUUUCUUCAAGUUUGUUGACCUAAUUUGAACGCUUUUUACAAACUGAAUUGAAGUUAGUUAUGUUGUUAUAUUUUUCUUCAAGGCGUAAAUUCCUCCUUCGUGUUUUGUUUUUAUUCAAAAUAAAGUUGUUUGUUGAGGAAGGUCGAGUGAAUGUGGGACAAGUGACGCCCACAACGAGACGGUACCUGUCGGGUCGAAACGGUGAGAGACAGGUUGCAAUGUUAUGAGUUAACUAGAUUUUAUUUAAAAAAUCCUUCAUAUUGAGUUAUUCUUUGAUUAAAGUAAAUUCUAAUGGUUCGUUUUUAUUGGAAUUUUGCAGUUAUUUGAAAAGAUUGCGGGUUCGGGUUCUGCUAGCAAGAAAUGUACGUAUAUGGAGGGUGUAGUACGUACUCUAAUCUAGCUACCAGAUUAGUUUAUUUUUUUCUUGUAUACAUGCAUGAGCUACUUCGCAAUUUAGGUGAUUUUUAACGAGCUCACUUGUUUUUUUUUUUUUCUUAAAUUUAUUAAGUUUAGUGAGCAGUAUUGGGGUCAAUAAUAACCAAGAUCUGAUUUUUAUGUAAAUUCGUUGAGUACAAUUACAAGAUUCAGAUUUGGUUGUUAUUUGCUUAGUGAUAUAGCAUAACAUGCGUGAGCUUUAUGUGUGUUUGUAAGAUAGAUUAGUUUUUUUUUUUGGCAAAAAGACCAUUCUACAACCUGUAUGUGCUUGGGUUAGUGGAACAUGUACACGCCUCUUUAAAUCGGAAGUCCAGUUCGGUCACGCAGGGGCCAAAAGUGGCGGUUUAAUGGAGUCUGCGCAAGCUAAAAACAAAGCACUUAAAGAAGCCGGGGCAGUGGUCCCCACUUCAUACGAAGCAUUCGAAAGCGCAAUCAAGGAAACAUUUGAGAAGUUGUUUGAAGAGGGCAAGAUUGCCCCCGUCAAGGAAAUAACCCCUCCGCAAAUCCCCGAGGACCUUAACACAGCAAUUAAGAGCGGGAAAGUACGGGCUCCUACUCAUAUUAUUUCAACCAUUUCUGAUGACAGAUGUGAAGAGCCUUGCUAUGCAGGGGUACCGAUGUCCAUGAUCGUGGAAAAGGGAAUGGGCGUUGGUGAUGCCAUCUCAUCCUUUGUGGUUUAAGCGUAGUCUUCCCCGUUACUGCACACAAUUCAUUGAGGUUGGUCAACAUUGACUUUUUUAUUAUGCAAAAUACUCCACCUGUUCUGUGGAAAUUGAGUCAGAAGACGGUGUCGGUGUCACGGCUUUUGGCUUAGAUAAAACUUCUGAGUUCACUAUGGGUAAAGAAGAGAAUGAAGGAAAAGGAGCAGGAUUGGUUUCUGUAGUGGCCUAUAGUUUUUGUCUUAACAGUAUAGGGGAUGGAGAGCAUGUACUGUUUUGGUUUUGUUUUUAUGCUUGUGUUUCUUUGUUUGUGGUUGGGGUUUUAGCUACUUGCUAGCUCCUUUCUAUAAAGUCUGCAGCCGUUCAAAAAAAAAAAAAAAAAAAAAAAAACCAAUGGAUCCAUACCAUAAGACUAGGUCUUUGCUGGUCUA